AUGGCUCAGACAAAUUGCACCCAGGCGACAGAGUUUAUACUUGCCGGCCUCACGGACCGCCAGGAGUUGAAGAUGCCCCUCUUCCUGGCAUUCUUAUCCAUCUAUAUUUUCACGGUGGUGGGCAACCUGGGUUUGAUCCUGGUCAUCAGGACUGACGCGAGACUCAACACCCCGAUGUACUUCUUCCUGAGUAACCUGGCUUUUGUUGAUUUCUGCUAUUCCUCUGUCAUCACGCCCAAAAUGCUGGGGAACUUCCUGUACCAACAGAAUGUUAUAUCCUUUCUUGCCUGCGCCGCUCAGCUGGGCUGCUUCCUGGCCUUCAUGACGGCUGAGUGCUUGCUCCUGGCUUCCAUGGCCUACGACAGAUACGUGGCCAUUUGCAACCCUCUGCUCUACAUGGUUGUCAUGUCCCCAGCCAUCUGCAUGCAACUCGUUGCUGCCCCCUACAGCUAUAGCUUCCUGGUUGCUUUAUUCCACGCCGUCCUGACCUUCCGCCUCUGCUAUUGCCGCUCCAAUGUCAUCAAUCACUUCUACUGCGAUGACAUGCCUCUGCUCAGGCUCACGUGCUCCGACACUCGCUCCAAGCAGCUGUGGAUAUUUGCCUGUGCUGGCAUCAUGUUCCUUUCCUCCCUUCUGAUUGUCUCUGUCUCCUACAUGUUCAUCAUCUCUGCCAUCCUGAGGAUGCGCUCAGCUGAGGGAAGGCGCAAAGCCUUCUCCACCUGUGGCUCCCACAUGCUGGCAGUGACCAUCUUCUACGGGACACUGAUCUUCAUGUACCUGCAGCCCAGCUCCACCCACUCCCUGGACACAGACAAGAUGGCGUCUGUCUUCUACACAGUGAUCAUCCCCAUGCUGAACCCCCUGAUCUACAGCCUCCGGAACAAGGAAGUGAAAGAGGCUCUGAAGAGAGCAGUCAGCAGUAGCAAGAAGGCUCCCUUGCUCAUGAAAUUUCAAAAAUGA